CCCAAUCCGGAUCGAACGGGACUGGCCGACUGAUGAAGAAUGGCUUCACAAAAGUUAUGAAGGCUUGAGAGAGUCAGACAGAGAGAGAGUCAGACAGAAAGCUAAAGAUAAUUUCUCCCUUCAUUUUUUUGCCUUUUGCCCCGUGAUCGCAUCGGGCUGGUGGCUCACGGCUGUCCUCGUAGGGUUCGCUGCCAUUGUUCUCGCCGUGGAUGCGCUCGUGGCGUGAGAAGGACUGCGAGCAGACCAGCAUCGGAUUCGGGAGAACCUCUCCGCACCCACUGCUACUAUCUACUCCUUGUCCUGCGCCGACAUCCUGCACUGCUCCGACAUGUCCGAUUGAUAAUACUAUUGACCACACUUUCUGACUCGAUGGCGCUUUUUGGCAGAAAAAAUCACAGAACUCCAGGUGAUCGGUCGUCGUUUCCACAGCACACUGGACCCGGUCAUUUUGCAGCCACACAACCUCCGAAUGGAUGCUGUCCGAAAUCUAAAAUAACCCCUUUGAGUUCCGUCGACGCUGGAAGACGCCUCUUGGCGGCGACAGUGGUAAGAGUGGCAGGAUCACCGCUCCCUGAUGGCCACUACAGCUCGUGCCCGCCGCUUCCAUUCUCGUUUAACCACGGCUGCACAGCGAUCGUCUCUCCCACAUACUCACAUGCAUCAUCAGACGCCAUCCUUCAACGUAGAUGGGCCGUUGGAACCGGGAGAGUUGGAGAUCUCCCAUAUCUUGCAAGUAUGUCCCUGCGGGGUGAGGCGGGGUCGCCCAAUGUCUACGGGGUGAUCCUAAUACUCAUGCGACCUCGCUGCGUCUGUUUCGCAGUCUAUCUCUUCAUGGACGUCAUGUCUCUGCUCCUUGUAAUAUGUGCUAGGUUGAACCGUUGAAGGGAAAGCUGAUCAAUCAAGCCUCCUCGCUUGAUUCGGUCAUUAAGAGUGCACUACGUAUCAGGAUCGAGGCCUAGUGUGGUAAGAUCAGGUCUUCUGGUCCCGGAAAGGAAGUUCUAUGAUCUGGAAGACUACC